AUGCAUCCCGAGCUUCUCGUCCAAUUUGAAUCCUCAAUAUCUACAUUUUAUCUUCAUGGUAUCUCCAGGGGAUUUGUGAAGAAUAAUGGUGCAACUCGUGGAGUCAAUAGGCCUGGAGAUAUGAGGGCCAUGGGUUGGCGCUCCGCAGCGGGUGUAGCUGCCGAUGUUGGAAAAGAUGUUUGUCACUACUCCCUUAAUCAAGCAACAUCCAAAUCCGAGGGAAAGAUUUGGAUUGAUAUUGAACGCAAUUCACUUCUUCUGCCUCAGGCCAAAGACUUUUGGGCAGAAAGGUUUUCGAUUCUUUCGAUGUUGGUGAAAUUGGGUAAGGCAUUAAAACUAAAGAAAUCAAGAAUGUCAAGGAAGGCGUGGGAGUUGUAUACAAAGGAUCAUAUAAAGGGUUAUGACCAGCAGGUAUACGUCAAAUUAGAUAAGUUGUCAAAAUGA